UCAAAUUAGACGCUCUGCUGCGGUUUUGCUAAGGCAACGGGCUCUGUUUACACCGUAAAGGUCCCAGGCCAGCUGUUACCCACAUGAUCCAUCCAAGGCACCACUGAGGCAGGAGAGGGAGAGCUGUCAGCAUGCCGGUCCGCUUCAAGGGUUUAUCGGAAUAUGACCGAAACUUCAACUGGAAGGGACCAGAUGGUCAGGAAGAUCCAGUACAUGCAUCGAGAUGGGCUGGACUUAGAUCGGAUGAGCUCGGUAUUACUAAAGAGCCAGGUUUUACUUCAAAACGAAGGGUCCCGUAUUACAACACACAAAUAUCAAAAUCAUUUCAAUGGGAGGAAGAUGUGGACAUGCCAAAACAUGAAAAAGUUAAAGCAGUUGAACCUGUGAAAAUACAACCAGUUGUUGAAAAGGACCGACAGGUUGAGGAGGAAAUACGUACACCAGAUGCACCACGCAUACAGAAAGCACCCACCUCAUUAUCUGCUCCACUCAGACAAGAAUCUACUCAUACCUUAUCCCAGGUUAAAAAAGUGCCAGUCAAUAAGCAAGAACAUAAAAAAGAAGUAUUAACUGUUGCUACAAGAAAACCCCCACAAGAACACCAUGGGUUCCACAGGGUUCUGGCGAAAAAAGCUGGGAUGGACUUGACUCCUUCACAACAUCCUCUCAAGGUGUCCGAGUACAGGAGGCAGUUUGAAAGGAAAAGUCCUGUAGAAAGUGCUCCACUAAUUGCGGCAGAGCAGGUGGUAUAUAACAAAAAUCAGGCAGUUCCACCAUUUAAAGUUCCGCCAGUCAAUACACAGACAGAGUACAAUAGUCAGUUUAAGGGAUCACCACCUGCCAAAGGGCCGAAGCUAAGAAAAACUUGGGAAGAAAAAUAUAUCCGUGAAUAUGAGCCAGAAAACCACAUUCGUAGGAGAAAGGAUAAAAAGAAAAGGACCAAUAUUGUACGUACUCCAAAUAAGGCCGGACAAACUACAAUUGAACAGAAUGAAACUGGUGAAAGAAAAAUACUCAGAGAAAGACUCGUUCAACAACUUAGCAUUCCUUCUAAAGGGUACAGAAAAGUGAAAACCGAGUAUUCAGCUAACUUUCUCUCACCUUCUGAAUAUAAAUACAAGGAUGGAGCUUGGGUGAGGACAAAGAAAGAAAUGCCUGAGCAAGAUUCUCAACUCAGUGUACACUCCAUGUGGGUUGCUGAGGUGAAGGAGCUCAGAGAAAGAGCUGCAUUUUAUAAACAUCGCACCGAGGGAACUCACUUCUCCCGGGAUCACUUGAAUCAGAUCCUAUCUGCAAACAACAGAAUGUGGGAUGUGUCUUCUAACUCUAGCAGUGAGGAACAGCUCAGCAACAAUAUCAAAGCGCUAGAUCUCGCAGGGCUAGAUACCACCAACAAGAAUGAAAAACAACAUGAAUUGCAAGUGAAAUUAAAACCUACAACCAACACUGGGAAUCUUGGGAUUUCGGAGAACCCUACUAUGCCUGUUAGAAGACGUCUGGUUUGGGAUGAAGAAGGCGCAGAGCCAGUGCAAGAUGAAGGAACGUUGGAAGUGAAUGGGGCUCCUACAGGUUCUCCUCCAUGUCCUCCAUUGGAGGGGAUGGAGGGGGUGGAAGAGAAUGGAGAGAAAAUAACUAAGAGGCUGGAUUCUACAAAAAUAAAUAAACCAGACGAUAGGUCUGAAUCUACCUCGGUUAGUUCAGAUGUGACUGGGAGACUUCCAACCCCCAAACUGAAAUUAUCUGGAAAAGUCCAACGAACACAUCAUGAUCUGACAACACCGGCAUCAGGUGGAGCACUGUUGGUUUCCCCAGCAAAACCUCAUUGUCACACACCCGAACUGACAAAGAAGAAAGGGGCAUGUGAAGGGCACCAUGCUGUAACUAAACCUGUAUCCAAGGAAUAUCAUAAGACGAGCAAGGACAUGUCAUCACUGUCCCCACCAACUGCUGGUAUCCGGACCGUUGAUCCAGUUCCCUUAAGGCACGAAGACUGGCCAAGUAACCGUGUGUUUGACCGCCCAUCUACUCCGGAGUUUUCCUAUCCCAUUAACCAGUCACAUGCACAGAAAAAAAUACAUUCCUUACCACAGUGGAGCCCUUCAUGUCGUAUUCAUGGAGCACUGAGAGAUCCAGAGUUUCAGCACAACGGAGAUUUUGGAAUUCCUGCCUUGUAUAAAAGUUCAUUAAGUGGGGAUCAGAGCAUUGAUGAUGACAGACUCUCACAGAUCUCAGCCAGAUCAGCAGCUUCAAGCUCUUUUGCAUCAGAGAUUUUGGAACGAGCGCAGAAAAGAAAAGAACAUUUCUGGGGCAAAAAGUGAAACGUAGAUGUGACUGCACAUUAGCUUAUUUUGUAAUGAUUUUGACGUGGAAUCUAUAUUUUUACUAUGUGUUUUUAUUUUCUUACUCUAAUACAGAAACUGCUCUGCGUGAACCCUUAUUUUUUUACAUUGCAAUUUUUCUUGUUCUUUCUAAAUUCUCAGUAUAUAUAUUAGUGUAUUUGAUAUUGAUACACACAAUUUGCAAAACUGCUAAAAUAGUCUCUUAAAAGAAACAAAAAAACUGGAGAGAAAAAAAACCUUAAAAUCAGGAAUGUAAACAUGUUUUAAACUCUGCAGUAAAAGUAUAAAGAAAUAAAAUAAUGUGUUAUUUUGAAA